CCCACCGCCCACCGCCCCCAUGGCCACGCCGCCGGCCGGCCCCGGCAGGGACGAGCCGGGGGAGCAGGAGGACCCGGCCCCCGGGAGGGGCCCGCGGCGGACCCCGGAGGAGGAGGAGGACGACGACGACGACGACGGCGGGGGGGAGGAGGAGGAGGAGGAGGAAGAGAGCGGCCCGAGGGAGCGGGACGGGGCCCAGCGGGCGCGGGACCGGCCCGCCGAGGAACAUCCUCCCGUUGCCAUGGCGACUGCAUCUCCAGGUGAGGCAGGUGCCCGCGGCAUCCCGGCCCGCCCUACUGACUCACCACCGGAUGGAGGAGGGGGAGCCUUCUACACAUCCCUGAUCGCCGACGUCCACGCUCCGUCCCAGCGGGACUCCUACGGGCCUGGGACGGAGCUGGCGGAAAGCGGCCGCAGUCCCUGCCCGGCAAACCUGGAAGGGCUGGGGGAGUCCACUCGGCAAGGCCCAGCGGAGCCCGAGGCCCCCGGCCCGUUCAGCUCCGACUCGGGCGUCGAGAUGACGCCCGCGGAGUCGGCUGAGGUCGGUAAGACCUGGGAACGCCCCCUGGAGCAGACGAAAGCCGAAGCUGGUAAAUACAUCGACAUCCGAAGGCCCGACGAGCCCCGACCCCAAGAAUCCUGGGCCCCCGACCCGGGCCCGGUGCCCGUGGGCUCUGAGGACCGGGGUCCAGGAGCGCCCGCGAAGUCCGGAGGUGCUUCUCCGGAGGUCAGAGGGCAUCUGUUCGAGGAUUCGACGUUCGCUCCCUACAUCGACGACGGAACCGAGGACCAGGUGGGGGCCUCGGAGGUCACCGCGCCCAUCACCAUCACCCUGACGGAGGUCGGGUCCACGUGGCUGCCUGCGGCCCAAGCGGAGACGCCCGAGGAAGAAGACGAAGGCCUGAAACCCAGCAGCGAGACAGUCCCCAAGGUCACCGUGUCAGAGCCAGAAGAUGACAGCCCGGGAUCGGUCACGCCUCCGUCUUCCGGGACAGAUCCGUCAGGCUCAGAAUCCCAAGGCAAAUGCAGCUUCUCCGAGGAUGAGCUGGUCAGCGCCAUCAAGGAAGCCCGGGGCUUUUCCUUCGAGAUCCCCGAAGGCCCCGACAGACCGGAGUCCAGGGCCAGGUCGGUGCUCCCUCCCGUCCCGGCCACCCCGGAGCCCGAGGCCAGCAGCGCCGAGUCCGGCGAUUCGGAGAUCGAGCUGGUCUCGGAAGACCCCCUGGCCUCGGAGGAGGCGCCGCUGCACUCCAGCUACGUGACCUUCAGCUCCACGGGCGGCCCCCCGCCUUCGCCGGCCUCCCCGUCCAUCCAGUACAGCAUCCUGCGGGAGGAGCGCGAGGCCGAGCUGGACAGCGAGCUCAUCAUCGAGUCCUGCGACGCCUCCUCGGCCUCGGAAGAGAGCCCCAAGCGGGAGCAGGACUCUCCGCCCGCGCGGCCGGUCUCCAUGGACAUCAUCCGGGAGGAGAACGGCCCCCAGACGGAGCCCGGCGGGGAACCCGCCGGCGGCCCAGGCCUCAGCGCCCAGGAGCUCAGGAUGAACCGGCAGAAUCUGAACGAAUCAACCUCCCUCCCGCAGGGCGCCUCGGCGGGUCCCCAGGCCCACCCUCCCCACGGCCCCGGAGGCGGGCUCCAAGAGUGGCCGGCGAAGGUGGAGCAGGAGCUGCUGGUGGACCCCACCCCCGCUGGCCAAAGCAAACUCUCUUCCCAGGCCCUGGGGCCACGAAGCCCUCUGGCGUCGGUUCCCGACCUGCCGUUUUUAAGUAGGCAGACAGCUAUCGACCUGCUGUAUUGGCGCGACAUUAAGCAGACGGGGAUCGUGUUCGGAAGCUUCCUGCUGCUGCUCUUCUCCCUGACGCAGUUCAGCGUGGUCAGCGUCGUGGCCUACCUGGCCCUGGCUGCGCUCUCCGCCACCAUCAGCUUCAGAAUCUACAAGUCGGUCCUACAGGCCGUGCAGAAAACGGAUGAAGGCCACCCGUUCAAAGCCUACUUGGAGCUGGAGAUUUCUCUCUCCCAAGACCAGAUCCAGAAGUACACGGACUGCCUGCAGUUGUACGUCAACAGCACCGUGAAGGAACUGAGAAGACUCUUCCUGGUCCAGGACCUUGUGGAUUCCUUAAAAUUUGCAGUGCUGAUGUGGCUGCUGACCUAUGUGGGGGCUCUCUUCAAUGGCCUGACGCUGCUCAUCAUGGCUGUGGUGUCUGUGUUUACCCUGCCGGUAGUGUACGUCAAGCACCAGGCUCAGGUGGAUCAAUAUUUGGGGCUCGUGAGGACUCACAUCAAUGCUGUCGUGGGGAAGAUUCAGGCUAAAAUCCCAGGAGCCAAAAGGCAGGCAGAGUAAACCGGACCGUCAGACUGGUAAAAGAACCAGCGACCCCGCAGCGGUCUCUGUUUGUAAAUUGGUUGUGCCGUUCUUUCUCUCCUACUCUAUGAUCGUAGAAACAUAACGUCAGGGGCCGCUGUUUUUUAGGCUGCUCCCGCCCCCUUAGAAGCCUUGCAAUCCCUUGUGUCAAGCACUAAAGUAGUAAAGAGAAAAAAGUGUACUAGAUGUGGUUUUCAUUUUGUGUUGCUUCUGAAGUGCAUGAUGGCGAGAGCCCCAAUACCAUUUCUUUAUGUUCCUCCUUUCCCUCUUGGCAGCGCUUAGUAACCGGUCCAAUCCCCCGAGGCUUGGUCUUUCUCGCUUAGUGCACUGAUGCAAUAGUGAAAAUUGCUUCUAUGUCACUGAGGUGCUGGCUAGUCCUCUUUGAUAACUUUAUCUAGACUUGUAGCCUGCUGUUUAGUGUUUUCCCGCGCGCACAAACACACACACACACCCCACGAAGAUGAACAGCACUCCGAAACUCUCUGUUUUGUAUAACUUGGAGGAAAAAAAACCAAGAGACAAACGUAACAAGCUCCCAGCACUUUGCUGUACUGGACCGACAGGCUGAUUUCCAGGUAUGGUAACUAGAGCGCCUGGCUUGUUAACUUUAUUACCAUUUGUAUUCCUUUCUCUGUAGUUCUUAAUGGACUUAAUUAUGGACUCUGAAUAUUUGCACUUAUGUACUUGAUACCGAAUGCAGAAAUAAAUGUUACUAAAUGUA